AUGACUCGCAUGUUAGCCACCACAGUGGCUAUUGUAGCCCUAAGUUCUUUCCAAUUUGGUUACAGCAUAGGUGUGGUCAACGCUCCCGAAGUUAUUCUACGAGAAUGGUAUUCAAGUUCAUACGAAGGAAGACACGCAGGAAAAACUUUAGAUUCGACUCGUUUAUCCAUUUUAUGGGGACUUACGGUAUCCAUAUUUUGUAUAAGUGGAAUGAUUGGUGGUCUCUGUUCGGGCUAUUUUUGUGAUCGAUUUGGAAGGAAAGGGUGUUUGAUAUUCAACAACAGUUCUGCAUUUUUGGCUGCGCUAUUGAUGGGAUGUUCCAAAGCUACUCGGUCCUAUGAAAUGAUAAUUUUUGGAAGGCUCGUUAUAGGACUCAAUUGUGGUAUCACUUCCGGGGCUGUUCCAAUGUAUUUGGCAGAGAUAUCGCCUGUAUCUAUGAGAGGCGCAAUUGGAGCAGUCCACCAAUUAGCCAUAACUAUAUCUAUUUUAUUCUCACAAAUAUUGGGCAUGCCACAACUACUGGGAAGCGUAAACCAAUGGCCUAUACUAUUAGCAUUUGGGUCUAUUCCGGCGAUAAUACAAUGCCUAUUUCUCCCGCUUAUGCCGGAAAGCCCCAGGUAUUUGCUAAUCACUAAAAAUGACGAGAUCAGGGCUAGAUAUGCACUAGCGAAGUUACGUAAUACAGAUGAUGUCACAGAGGAGAUAGAUCAAAUGAAGAAGGAGGCAGAAGAACAAGGACGACUUCCUCCAGUCACCUGGAGAGAUAUGUUUUCAAAACCCAUAUAUCGUAAACCGUUGAUCAUUGCUAGUGAAACCCAUAUUUCACAACAGCUCAGUGGCAUUAAUGCGGCCAUGUUUUUCUCUACUGGAAUUUUCAUAAGCGCAGGACUGAGCAGUGGUUCAGCAAUAUAUGCGACAUGCGGUAUGGGAACCAUAAAUGUUCUGAUGACAGUUCUAUCCAUGGUUAUCAUAGAAAAAGCCGGGCGUCGCACCUUAUAUCUUUUAGGUCUGGCUGGUAUGUGGGUGUGCAGUAUAUUGUUGACCCUGACUUUAGCACUUGGUUCUAAAGGAGAUAAAAAACAACAAGGAAUCGCUUCCUAUUUUUCGGUAGCAUUUGUGAUUGUUUUUGUGUGCUUCUUCGCCAUCGGACCCGGUGUUAUAGCUUGGUUUAUAUCGGCUGAACUUUUCACUCAAGCAUCAAGACCGAAGGCUAUGAGUAUUUCUGUAAUUUUCAACUGGUUAGGAAACUUUUUAGUUGGCCUGCUAUUUCCUUUGGCUCAUAAAUACCUCGAAAACUACGUAUUUUUGAUCUUUACCGUUCUUCUCGUUUUCUUCUGGCUAUACACCUACAAAUUUUUACCAGAAACUAAGAAUAAAACUUCCGAUGAACUACGAGUAAUUUUAAAGAGCUCUUUCGGCUGA